CGGCACUCUGAUUGGCUCGUUAUGUGUCAGCUGACCAGAACUGUACUCAGAAGUUAAGCGCAGCUGUUAUUGUUUCGUCGACAUACCUGUGGUAAAAACGGAAAAAAACGGUGUAGCUGUUUUUGGGUGGUGUUUGAUGUCCACACAAGCCAUCCGUGCCACCGGGCAGGUCGAGCCGGCUGCUCCCCCGCUGAGUGGCGUCGUUGGGCGGCUGGCAGCUCUUGGCUGGUCUCGCUGUGGAUUGUGGGAGUCGACGGAGCGAGCCACAGCAACAGCGAGCGUGAACCAACCGAGCUUUCCCCUCUCACUCCCCGGGAGACAUUUAACGACAUUGUCGCGGUAUUGUAGUCCACGUGUAGCAGCGGCCCAUUGUGCACCAUGUCGAGUCGAGGAGGUAAGAAGAAGCUGACUAAGACGUCACGCUCUACCAAGGCGGGCGUCAUCUUCCCAGUGGGCCGCAUGCUGCGUUACAUCAAGCGCGGCCUGCCUAAGUACCGCAUUGGAGUGGGUGCACCCGUUUACCUGGCGGCUGUUUUGGAGUACCUUACGGCUGAGAUUCUGGAGUUGGCGGGCAACGCGGCCCGAGACAACAAGAAGGGUCGCGUCACGCCACGACACAUCCUGCUCGCCAUUGCCAACGACGAGGAACUCAACCAGCUUCUAAAAGGCGUGACCAUCGCAGCGGGUGGCGUCCUGCCCAACAUUCAUCCCGAGCUCCUGGCUAAGAAGCGGGGCGCCAAAGGCAAGCUGGAGACGCCCCUCUCGCCCGCCCCGGAGAAGAAAGCCAAACCGGCCAAGAAGCCGGCGAGCAAGAAGAUGAGCGGCAAGAAAGGAGCGGCUGGCAAGGCCAAGAAAGCGGGCGAGGCCAGCAAGACGGCGUCUGCCGAUAGCACCACCGAGGGCUCGCCGGCGGGCAGCUUCACCGUGCUCUCCACUAAAAGCCUCUUCCUAGGUCAAAAAUUGCAAGUUAUCCAAGCCGACAUUUCCGUCGUGGAGAGCGACGCGGUCGUUCACCCGACCAACUCGGCCCUCUAUACGGGCGGUGAAGUAGGUUCUGCCCUGGAAAAGAAAGGCGGCAAGGAGUUAGCUGAAGCGGUGCUGGAGAUGAAGAAAAAGAAUGGACCGCUGGAUGUGGCAGGAGCGGUGUUAACUGCCGGCUUCGGCCUUCCCGCCAAGUAUGUCAUCCACUGUAACAGUCCGGCGUGGGGCUCGGACAAGUGCGAGGAGAUGCUGGAAAAGACUGUGAAGAAUUGCCUGGCUCUGGCCGAUGAGAAGAAACUUAAGUCGGUUGCAUUCCCGUCGAUCGGGAGCGGAAGGAACGGCUUUCCGAAGCAGACGGCGGCCCAGGUGAUCCUGAAGGCCAUCUCCAGCUACUUCGUGGCCACCAUGUCAUCCAGCAUCAAGACGGUUUACUUCGUGCUGUUCGACAGCGAGAGCAUCGGCAUCUACGUGCAGGAAAUGGCCAAACUGGAGGGCAGUUAGAAGCCGCGCCCAUCACUUGGUUUCAUCGCUAGACGAAUCUUUCUAAACGGCCGGGAACCUGUUUUUGCAUUACGUUUGUAUUCUUUCCUAUCUGGUUUUUCGGUUUCCUAAAAAUUGGUUUUCCAAACCUAGUCGUACACUGAGCUGACCUUUUAAUGCUAACAGUGGCGAAUAAAUGAGAUGGUUUAAUUUUCUGUAAAGAAAAAAAGAAACGGGUAUAUGCAUGUUAACAGCAGUAUUGGUAGUUCAAAAAACAAAACAAAAGCUCUUUUCACUGAGUUUUCAUCUCGAUAGCGCUCUCGUGUUUUUACGCGUUGCUUUUUUCCGUCGAGAAAACUCAUUGGCUGCAACUGACAGUGCUAGAGGUCUCAAAAUGGAUUGGAUGUCUAUCACAGUCAAUGGCAGCCAGUGAAAAGUUUUCUUAUUUUUAUGUGUUGUGUAUUGUGUUUGUUUGUGCUUUACAGUUCAAAAAAAGGGUGCAAUUACAGUAAAAUUAAUCUCACUCUCCCCCUAAUAAUUAUGUUUAUCGCCAUUUAAAGACGAACGUGAAUUUAGUUUUUAUUUAAUUUUUUGCAAGGCACUGCUGGUUUCUCAAGGUGUGCUUCUAUCGAUGUUACUAGAUGGGGUAUUUGUGGAAAAGUUCUAGUUGAAAGUAACAUAGCGAAUUAUGUUGUAUUUUUAAUUUGCACAUCUUCGAAAUGCACUGUUUAAUUUGGAUGCCAACGUUGGCGCACAUUGUUAUUUGUGUGUGUUUCGUCCUCAUUUAGACGUACAAAAAAAUAGUAAAAAAAAAAAAAAAAACAAGAAAAUGAAUUCAGGAUGACGGAGGUAAAACUGUUGGUGCCGCUAGGUGGCGCACUUUUAUCAGGAAUGAUCCAGCCCUCCUCACCUCACUUAUGAUUUGGUUUGGAAGAGUUCAAAGAAUUUUCGACUUUCUUAUGAUUAUUCAGAGGAAAAAUGCUUUCUAAAGAAUUACUAUUUGCUGACUACAUACACACACAAAAAAAUCUGUACACACUCAGAUAAUAAAAAUGCAAAUAUUGAAGAGUUUUGGUGUUAAUUCUUUUAUUGUAAGAACGGUUUAGGUAAUGCAAGCCACCUCCGUGAAGUUGGCCCCCCAUCAGACGCAAAUUCUUGUAAAAAUGAUGUUACUACGUUUCUGCUUUAAAAAGUUUCGUUUGUUCUGCUAUUGUUUUUAAAGGGAACCUCAGACUUAAAGACUUGUCGGCUCUACACUGCUGGCCAAAAGUAUUGGCACCCCUGCAAUUCUGUCAGAUAAUGCUCAAUUUCGCAGGUACAAAUGCUGUGGUAGUAAUAUCUUUAUUUAGCUUGCAACGAAAAACAGAAUGAAUUGCGUGUUGUUGUUGUUGUUUUUUUUUAUCAUUAUUAUUUUACUCAAUACUCCAAAAAUUGGCCAGACAAAAGUAUUGGCACCCUCAGCCCAAUACUUGGUAGCACAACCUUUAGACAAAAUAACUGAACAACCGCUUCCGGUAUCCAUCAAUGCGUUUCUUACAAUGAUCUGCUGGAAUUUUAGACCAUUCUUCUUUGGCCAACUGCUCCAGGUCUCUGAGAUUUGAAGGGGUGCCUUCUCCAAACUGCCAUUUUCAAAUCUCUUCAGAGGUGUUCUUUGGGAUUCAGGUCUGGACUCAUUUCUGGCCAAUUUAGAAGUCUCCAGUGCUUUCUCUUAAACCAUUUUCUAGUGCUUUUUGAAGUUUGUUUUGGGUCAUUGUCCUGCUGGAAGACCCAUGACCUCUGAGGGAGACCCAGCUUUCUCACACUGGGCCCUACAUUAUGCUG